CUCGAAAGUGGCGCAUCUUCAUAGAUAUCGUCAACAAUCUAAAGAGCGAUGCAUUACGUCGACAAUGACAGUGGUGAGUGGGACUUGUCAGCAGUGCACCAAGUAAUAAAUCCAACUGUCGCUGCGAAGAAUCCACCUAUUACUUUGUCCCAAAUCAGAAGGCGUCUGGUGGUCGAAAUUAUGCAGAACGACCCCCACCUGCCCCCACCACAGUACCCAUUGAUGAUAACUUCGAUGCAUUCACCAUCGAGUGCAAUCAAGAGACCGUGUACAACGAGUGGACAAAUGGUCACGAAGCCCAUCGUCGCCAAAGUGAUCGCUCAAAUGGGGAAGCCCAUCCUGAUUAUGGAAGAUACAUGAACGAGAUGGGCAAAGUCUUCGGCAGCGAUGUCGAUGUCGAAGUGACGUUGAGAAGAGCUAGGAGCCCCAGUGGUAGAAGUGGAGAUAGAUUAAAAGAAGUUCAAGAGAUGGGCGAUGGGUUAAGAAGAGGCUCCAGCCUUACGAGUCUCA